AUGCCUGUGGCAUUUGUGAUAUGUAAAAGCUUGUUUUUGGACCAUAUUUCCUCCAGGUAUCCAGUGAUCCUGUCCAUUGAGAAUCACUGCAGUGUCCCUCAGCAAAAGAAGAUGGCUCAGUAUCUGACGGAAGUGUUUGGUGAUAAACUGGACAUAUCCUCCAUCCCCACAGACCCACCUGGAGUCCUGCCUUCACCUGAAGACCUGAAAGGCAAAAUUCUCAUCAAGGGUAAGAAACUGUCUGCAAAUAUAGACGAGAACGCAGAGGAGGGGGAUGUGUCUGAUGAAGACAGUGCAGAUGAGAUGGAGGACGACUGCAAGCUGAUGAAUGGAGAUACAUCCAUGAACAGGAAGCAGGCGGAAAAUGUUGCAAAGAAAAAAUUAGAUAACCUCAUGAAGGAGUCAAAGAUUCGUGACCGGGAAGAUCCAGACAGCUUUACCAUGGCAGCCCUGCCGCCCACGGGAAAACAUGACAAAUCACCACUGAAGGGGAAAGCAGAAGACAGCACUGACACUGGAGAUGAGGCCAACGUCGGUGGCAACAAACGUGUGUCUAAAUCUUUCAUGGGGAGCUUUUCCAAACGCAAGAAAAAGACGAGUAAACUGAAAAAAUCCUCCAGUUUUGAGGAUACGGACACCGAUCAGGAGAGCUCGAGUGGCGCGUCUAAAGCACCAGCGCAUCACAGCAGAAAGAAAAAAACCAUGAAGUUGUCAAGAGCACUUUCUGAUCUGGUAUACACGAAAUCUGUCGGCAUACCAGACUUUGAGGCACAAGUGAGCAGCUGCAGUUGGCAGGUGUCGUCGAUGAGCGAGACCAAGGCCCAUCAGUUAAUGCAGCAGAAGCCAGUGCAGUUUGUCCGAUUCAACCAGCGCCAGCUCUCCCGCAUCUACCCCUCCCCUUAUCGUGUGGACUCCAGCAACUUCAACCCACAGCCCUUCUGGAACGCUGGCUGCCACCUGGUUGCUUUGAACUACCAGUCAGAGGGCAGGGUGCUACAACUCAACAGAGCCAAGUUUAAUUGCAACGGCAACUGUGGUUACAUCCAGAAACCUGCCUGCAUGUGUGAAGGUUCUUUUAAUCCAAUGGCAGAUGAUCCUUUACCAGGUCGGUUGAAAAAACAAUUGGUUCUUAAGGUCAUCAGUGGCCAGCAAUUACCCAAACCCAAAGACUCCAUGCUGGGUGACCGAGGAGAGAUAAUUGACCCAUUUGUGGAAGUGGAGAUUAUUGGUCUACCAGUGGAUUGCUGCAAAGAGCAAACCAGAGUGGUUGAUGACAACGGAUUUAAUCCUAUGUGGGAAGAGACUCUCGUCUUCACUCUUCACAUGUCAGAGAUUGCUCUUAUACGCUUCCUGGUUUGGGAUCAUGACCCAAUUGGCCAAGAUUUCAUUGGCCAGAGGACCAUCGCCUUUAACAGCAUGAUUCCAGGUUACCGGCAUGUGUAUUUGGAAGGCAUGGAGGAAGCUUCCAUCUUUGUUCAUGUUGCAGUGAAUGACAUCACCAGUAAGGCUCGAGCAGUCAGUGGUAUAAAAGGACUGUUUCACAGAAACCCAAAGCAGUCGUCUCUCGACAGCCAUGCUGCUGCUCUGCUCAAACGUAAGACUACCUUCGGUGCUCACCUCCUGCGCCGCACAGCCAGUGCCCCCACCAAGGGCCAACCCAAAGUCAAGAGGGGCUUCCCUGAUAUCUCCAUUGACACAAAAGAUUGCAGCUCGGAGGGUGCCAGUGAGGAGCGAGAAUCGGAAGAGGGGCCACUUGUCCACCACAAUGGAGAUAGCGCAUCUGGCAAAUCAUGGGGUCAUGGCACCAACGGGCAGCUUCACCCUGACGACAGUAAAGAAAAUUCUGAACUGCAGAGUCCAACUCCACCUCUAAACACCUCAUGUCUGGAAUCCAUUACUGAGCAAUUUCAGGAGAACACCCCUUUGACUUCAACACAAAGUCCCCUGGAUACCUCACCACGUUGUCUCUCCACAACAUUGUCUUCACCAUUCUCAGCAAUAACAACAUCUUCCAAUGGGGAAAAUCCUAGCACUAUGAAAAAUAAUGAGGACAUUCUGAAAUCAUUUGCACUAACCGAGUGUAUUGGUCCAUCCAGCAUCAGAGGCAAGGAUUCUUGGAACAGCCAAAUCAACUCUUCACUUUCCACAAAUUACCUUGACAUUGGAUGUGAUACUCCCCCUCUACCAGACCAGACAGAUGGUGAGGUUGUGCAAAAAGCAGACAUUAACCCCAACAUAGUUGAAAUAAAAAGAGGACAGUCUCUAGAGAUUGAUGCUGUAAAAGCAACAACUGUUAUUCAGAGCUCUCAAAGGAUUCAGGCGUUGAAGGGGGUGUUUGACAGAGACAUUGGACGAAGCCUGCAAACAGGACUGAGGACCCCUGUCAGAAGAACCAAAAGCGAAGGACAAAUGAAGGCGGUAAAAAAAGCAGACGGCCCAUCAGUGGUCCCCGAAGUCUCCAUUGACGCCACUUUAAAUGACAGGCUCUGGAGCAAACUUGACCCCAGCAGCCAUCGGGAUAGUGUGUCGUCGUCUUCCAGCAUUUCAUCCAAUGACACUGUGAUUGAUUUGUCCUUGCCCAACCUUUCCAGGAAAAGCCUUACCUGUCUUAGUGCUGCCCGGGACUACUCGGACAACCAGGUAUCGUUGCCCAACAGGACCAACCAGCCUCGGUCAACCGUCGUGGCAUGCAGCGUCUCACGCGUCACCAAGAGCAAGUCCAACCCCAAUCUGCGAGAUGGUCAGAUGUGCGAGCCAGAGGACGAGUUACAGCCAAGGCCUCUGGUGGCCGAGAAAGACCCUAGCCGGCUCAUGCAGAGGCGCCACACGUGGAGCAGGUUGUACAUGGAGGGCUUAAAGCAGUCAUCAACGCUUGCUGCUGCUGCUGCUGUCUCCAAGAGGCCAACCACCCCCUCAACAAAAGACAUGGACAGCAACUCAAAAUCCAAAAGUCUCGGAGAUCUCACUUCAGAUGAUAUUGUCUGUAAUUUCGAUAGCAAGUAUCGCAGCAUUAGUCGCAGUUUCAUUGUGAGGCCAAGCCGGCAUCAAGGGAAAACUCUGAGAAAACCCCCGAAUGACCUAACAGAGCAGCUCAAGCAGCUCACCGACGUGGAACCCCUUACAAGCAAAGACUUUGCUCAGAGCAGGACCGAUUCGGAAGUGGGACAGGAAGAAGAGGAGAUGCCCUCUUUGCGGAGGAGUUCCUCACGGAGCCAGAGUCGGGUGAGGUACAUUGCUAACCGUGCCAGGCAGGCCCAAGAGAGGCAGCGGCUACAAAGCCUGACCAGGACAUCUGGGAGCCCCAUCGAGGAGCGUGGCAAUCCUGAAGGAGCUUGUAGUGUACCCCACAGUCCUUGUGCAAGCUUGGAUCUUUUGAGCCAGCUUCCACCAGGACCGCCCCAACAAAGCCCCUUGAGCCCAGACAACGAGGUCUUCUUUAUGCUUAAGCUGUAAAAGGAUGAAAGUGUGGUUGAGUGUUUUGUGGGAAGCAAAUGGACACAAGAUGGCCACCCCCCACCUCUCAAUCAUUCAGAUACUCCUGUGGAUAUGUUGAGCAGUCAAACAUUUCUUAUGUGCACUUACUGUAACACCUUCCAUUUGUGGCUUGACGAAAAAAGUUAAAAGCACACACUUUUUCUAAUGUCCGUUGUUGACCUAUACUCCCAACCCUGUAAAAUGAGCCGUUAAAUGGGAUGCGAUGCUAGGUUUUAAACUUUAAAUUGGAUGCAACCGUUUGCUAGUUUAUUUGUAAAUGUGCAUGCAUUUAUUGAAAAAAAGCCAAAGGUGUAAAACCAGAGGAUAUUUUUUUUUUCUGGUGUAUAAAAAUAUACAAGGUUGCAUAUAGAAAUGAUUACAUAAAAAAAACAAUCUAAAUUUAGAUUAUGCCUGUGGCAUUUGUGGUACUGUAAUACUAUUUCUUUUAUGUUUGUUUGUAUUUUAAGAUGCAACAAUGCAGCAAUAGAUAAAAAAUGUAAGCACUACUGAUUCACCACAAUAAUUCCCUGGAUUAAAGGGGUCGUAAAAUGCA